AUGGCAUUCGCUACACUUCUCAACGCGACACUCAAUGCUACCAUGCGGGGAGUCGUGUACCAGGGGAAUCCUUUCCAGAUGGUCGUGCAGGACCUUCCAAUGCCAGUCAUCCAAAAUCAAACGGAUGCCAUUGUUCGCAUCACAAUGUCAGCGCUCUGUGGAUCGGAUCUUCACGUGUAUCAUGGGGUAGCCGGUGGCACGCCUCCUUGGAUCAUGGGUCAUGAAGCGGUUGGCUAUAUUGAGGAAAUUGGGAGCGCAGUUUCAGCAUUCAAUGUUGGUGACUAUGUCAUCGUUCCAGAUACAGCAAACCAUGGCCAGCUCCAAAUGGAACCUGAGGCGCUUGAGUAUUUUGGAAACGGUGCAGGUCUAUCUGACGGUCUUCAAGCUGAAUACGCCCGGGUCCCAUUUGCAGAUGCGAAUCUAAUCCCAAUUCCAAUCACUGCAAAUACCACAAAUGCCACCAUUGAACAGGAUUAUCUCACGGUUUCGGACAUCUUUGGUACUGCAUGGACGGCACUUGACUUUUCAGGGUUUGAGCCUGGUGAUACCGUUGCCGUGUUUGGCGCUGGACCUGUUGGCCUGCUCGCUGCUUACUCGGCUAUUCUGCGCGGAGCAUCGCGAGUAUACUCAAUAGAUCAUGUUCCCAUGCGUCUCGAGCGUGCAGCAUCAAUUGGGGCUGUUCCUAUCAAUUUUGCUGAAUCCGAUGUGAUCGAACAAAUUCUUGCGCAUGAGCCAUCCGGUGUUAUGCGCUCAGUUGACUGUGUUGGUAUGGAAGCGCUGGACUCUCACUUGGACCAUCAGCAGGACAUCAUUGUCAAGCAAAUGAUUGCUGUCACUCAUAUUGAAGGCGGAGUCGGACAAGUCGGCGUCUGGAUGGCCCAAGAAGAUUCUCCAGGAGCCCCCCUUGGUCACACUAUGUCUCCCAGCAUGGACUUCCCCUUGUCCGACUUUUUUUCUAAGAGGCUUAAGUUUCAAGCUGGUCCGGUUGACCCCAAGGGACUUGCACCGUACCUUGUUAAUCUUAUUCAUACCGGCGCGGCACGCCCAAGCUUUAUCGAAUCCGCAACAGUUGGCAUUGAAGAAGUCCCCACUUACUACGAGCGGUUCAACCGCACGAAGGAACUGAAGGUAUACAUCCAAUUUCCAUGA